AUGGUUUAUCUCGCAUCUGUUGUUGCCAUCGGCCUGAGUGCUCUGACUGGCAUUGCGUCCGCGCACCCAGGGCAUGAUGUCAGAGCCGAAGCUGCCGAGCGAGCUGCAUUCUUGCAAAGUGCCCCUGUUCACUCACGCAGCCUUGCGCAAUGCGCCUCUCGCCUUCAGCGUCGAGGCCAUCAAAGCCGAAACGUUGCUCGGCGUCACAUGGCCGUGAAGAACAUACGUCGCCACCUUGGUCUUGAGCGUACCAACCACUAUCUCAAGGCGCGUAACGCUGAUAGCCCACUGGAUACUUCGCACCACUCCAACCUCACGGGAGUGGAUUCCUCUACCGACCCCGAAGUGUUGUUUGGCACCGAUGCGACCUGCAUUCUUGGGCCUGAAGUCACUCAGGGGCCUUACUAUGUCACGGGUGAACUGGUCCGUAAAAACAUCGCGGAGUCCCAGGGUGGUGUUCCUCUCUACAUGGACAUCCAGCUGAUCAACACCAACACCUGCGAGCCUAUUCCGGAGAUUUACAUAGACAUGUGGCACUGCAACUCGACCGGUGUCUAUUCUGGAGUCGUCGCCAGUGGAAACGGCAACUCUGGCGAUAGCACUAACCUUGACGCGACCUUCAACCGAGGUGUCCAGAAGAGUAACGAGGAUGGUGUCAUCCAGUUCCAAUCAACCUUCCCAGGCCAUUACACUGGCCGUGCAACUCACAUCCAUGUCCUCGCCCACCCAGCCAAUGAGACCAAGGUUCUUGCAAACGGAACCAUCUCUGGUCUGUAUACCACGCACUCCUCGCACGUUGGACAGAUUUUCUUCGACCAGGAUCUAAUUGCCGCCGUUGAGGAGGUCGCCCCGUAUUCAACCAACACUCAGGCUUUGACGACAAAUGCCGAGGACAGCAUUCUCGGCGAAGAGCUCGAUACCAUUGACCCAUUCAUGGAAUACGUCUAUCUGGGCGAUGAUGUCUCCGAUGGAAUAUUCGCUUGGAUCUCGGUUGGUCUCGACCCUACCCAGGACACUACCGUUACCCCUGCAGCCUACUACACCGAGGAGGGUGGUGUUGAGAAUGAGAACUCCGGUCGUCCUGGUGGCGGUGGCUCCGGUGGUGGCCCCCCAAGCGGCUUCCCAACUGCCUAG